CAAGACAGGGUAAAAAAUUUUGUUACCCUUUUGACUCCAAAAACAAAGAACAAAGUACAGCGUACCAAACAACGAAGGAAAAAAAAAAAAAUUCUGUCCGAGUUCCAACUAUCAGCUGCAAUGGCGCUAUCAAGAAUGAUGAAUACCUCUCAAAGGCUCUGCAAAUCAAUUAAACCCAUUAAUUCAAAUUCUGUAUCCAUUAGAAGUCUCUCUACAAAUCCAUCAGAUUUCACUAGCAUUACUUACGACUUCAUCUCCAUCUUCACCAAACAGCCAUUUUGCCCUGACAACCCAGAGUUGCUAUCUCUUGCUCCGUUGCUAAGUACCGAAGUCGUCGAAUCUGUGUUAAAAACUUUCAAAAGCUGGAAAUUUGCUUAUACUUUUUUCUCUUGGGCGUCAAACCAAUGUGGGUAUAAGCAUGACAUUUAUACUUACAAUGCCAUGGCAAAAAUCCUAUCACAUGCUCGACAAAAUGCCCAACUGAGAGAUUUGUCUGUUGAAAUCUUGAAUUCCCGUUGUUCAAUGAGUCCUGGGUCUCUUGGUUUCUUAAUUAGAUGUUUGGGUAGUGUUGGGUUAACUAAUGAAGCUAAUUGGUUGUUUGAUCAAGUAAAAAUUAUGGGUCUUUGCGUCCCGAAUCUUUAUAGCUAUAAUUGUUUGCUGGAAGCUAUCUCUAUGUCUAGUCCUGCUACUUCAGUUGGUUUGCUUGAAAUGAGACUGAAAGAAAUGCGUGAUCGAGGGUUGAGGUUUGAUAAGUACACUUUGACACCACUGUUACAGAUUUAUUGCAAUGUAGGGAAAUUUGGUGAAGCUUUGAAUGUUUUUAAUGAGAUCAAUGAUCGUGGUUGGGCUGAUGAAUAUGUGUUCACUAUCUUGGUUAUAUCUUUUAGCAAGUGGGGUAAGGUGGAUGAGGCGUUUGAGUUAAUUGAAAAAAUGGAAGAUCAAACCAUUAAAUUGAAUGAGAAGACGUUUUGCAAUUUGGUUCAUGGUUUUGUAAAGCAAUCCAGAGUAGAUAAGGCCCUCCUAUUGUUUGAUAAGAUGAAAAGGUAUGGGUUUGCUCCAGAUAUUUCACUUUUUGAUGUGCUAAUUGGAGGGCUUUGUGUGAAUCAAGAGCUUGAGAAAGCUCUGUCUUUGUGUGCAGAAAUGAAGGUGUUCAAAAUCCGACCUGAUGUUGCAAUAGUUACUAAACUCCUAUCUUCUUUUACUCAAGAAGGAGAAUUAAUCCGCAUACUUGAGGAAAUCCACAAGGAUAUGGAUGUAGAAAGUCUGACUUUGCUUAGCAAUUCUGUGUUGAAUUCUCUAGUUAAUAAUGGGUUGAUAGAUAAAGCGUACUGUCUUCUUCAGGCGAUGAUGGGAAAUGGAUACGAUGAUAAUGUUGAGUUAUGUAAGCUUUUCCGAGAUAUAGAAAUGAUUCCUCCUAACACUGUCUCUUUUACUACUGUCAUCACUGGUUUGGUCCAGGCUCACAAGUUGGACUUGGCACUUUGCCUUUUUCGUGAUAUGGCUUUAAUUGGUUGUGAUAGAAACUUACUAAUUUAUAAUAACUUAAUUGAUGAACUUUGCAAUUCUAAUAGAUUGGAGGAGAGUUACGAGCUUUUGAGAGAAAUGGAAGAGUCAGGAUUUGAGCCAACAGAAUUCACUCACAAUUCUAUUUUCGGGUGCCUGUGCCGGAGAGGGGAUGUCUCUGGAGCCCUUGAUCUGGUAAAGAAGAUGCGUUUUCAUGGGCAAGAACCUUGGGUAAAACAUUACACCUUGCUGGUGAGAAAUAUGUGCAAAAAUGGCAAGGCAGUAGAAGCUUGCGCAUUUCUUGCUCAUUUGACUCAAGAAGGUUUUUUUCCAAAUAUAAUUGCUUAUUCUGCAUUGAUGGAUGGUUUAAUUAAAAUUCAAGAACUUGAUAAAGCGUUGAAGCUAUUCUAUGACAUUUGUGCUCGUGGUCAUUGUCCUGAUGUGGUUGCUUACAACACAUUGAUAAAAGGGUUUUGUAAAGCCCAAAGAAUGGCAGAAGCUCAGAAUCUUUUCAAUGAGAUGGAGAUGAAGGGUGUAGCUCCCUCGGUUAUCACCUAUAACUUGCUUAUAGAUGGCUGGUGCAAAAGUGGUCGUAUUGAUGAGGCCCUGUUUUGUCUUUCUAGUAUGUCUGCAAAAGAAAGGAAUCCUAAUGUCACUACAUACACUAGUUUAAUACAUGCGUUAUGUAAUGUUGGAAGACCUGAUGACGCCGUGACGCAAUGGAAUGAAAUGAGAAGAAAAGGCUGCCCUCCUAAUGAAAUUGCUUUCAUGGCUUUUAUUCAUGGUCUUUGCAACUGUGGUAGGCCUAAUGAAGCUCUGGUUCAUUUCCGCGAGAUGGAAGAGAAAGAAAUGGAACCCAACACUUCUGUCUAUAUAGCAUUAGUAAGUGCUUUCCUUGCUGACUUAAAAUUCCCUUUGGCUUUUGAGGUAUUGAAAGAGAUGAUUGACAGGGGAAAAUUUCCAGAUAUGCUUGAUAAAAACUAUGUAAUUGUAAGAGAUGCAAUAGUUAGGUUGUCAGAAGAUGAAAGAACUUCAUCUAAUGUUAAAAAUCUUAUAAAUAGCAGCAGCAUUCCACCGAUGAGUCUCUCAGAUAUUGGAAGGGAAGAUGAAGAUAAACGGGAUCAGUGACAUGAAAGAAGUUUAUUUACUACAAACAGAAGCUUUGCAUAUUAUUUUGGCCAGAUGUAUACCCGAACGUGUUCUCUAGGCAAUGCAAGGUUUUUUCAUGCUGAAAUUGGCACCUCUGAUA